GGGAUACUGCAGCAUGGAGACUUAACAUCCUGUGUUUUGCUGUUUUAACUACAAGGGAAAGAGACAUUGAAAUUACACAACGGCCCCAAAGAGACUCUUGUUUUCUGUGUGUGAGUUUGAGACGGAGCGGCUGCGUUCGUGUGACAUGCAUGUUUUUGUUUGUGCGUGUGCCUACAUGUGCGUGUAUGGGCGUGUGCGUGUGUGUGCCUGUGGGGUCAAAAGGAGUGAAGCUUCCCAGACACCAAAGUCUUGGCGGGGCCUAAUUCUUUCUUUCACUCUCUCCCUUCUUUUUUCUGUGGUCUUGUGUUGUUUGGUGGUUUUUGUGAUGAAAAAAAAAUAAAUAAAUUGUAUAUCUGUCUGUUACAUAUCAUGUAUGUAUCUGAGGUGCAAAAUAUUUAAAUACACAUUCUGUUCUUGCCAUUGGUAAUCUCGUCUAUAGCAUUGAGCUUCUUUGCCGGAUUAAGGGGGGAGGUGUGAGUGUGUUUGUGUGUGGCUGUGUUUUAGAGCCUCCCUGAGUAUUGGGCUUUGCCCAGGCUGUCUGGGACUGUGAGCGAGUGUGCGAGCGAGCGAGUUCACUCAAGGACACAAUUCGACAGGGAGUGAAAGGGAGGGGAGGAGAGGAAUAGAUGGUGGGGAGAGAGCAGGGGAGGAUACGUUGGAGGGAAAAGAAAGAAACCAGACUGAGGAAAUCAGAAAAAGGUGUUGAAUUGGUUCUUAAAGCCAUUAAAACAAAACAAAAAAAAUGCGCAAAAUUGUAGUUUCACAAUUCAUCCAAAUAAGGAAAUGUUUUAAAGCAAGCAACCAAAGACUGCUGGUACGGGAGAGAGCUGACAGGAAAGGAACCCAUGCCUAUUUCAUGCCCUCGCAGGGAAACUUGCUACUAUACGGCAAAUACUGUACAUCUGCAGCUUGUGUAUAUGCAUGUGCAUGCCAGACAGAGAAUUAGAGAGAAAGAAAGCAGAUGGGCUAAGUUUACUGGCUGCAUUUUGUGUACAGUUUGUCAACAGACUGACUAAAUAGACUCAGACAUGGCCGGAGGAAAUGUGUUUGCUGUGACAUUCCACUGUAUGGUGGAAGGGUGCACGAACUGUCAACAACAUUACAUGACAGACCGAGAGGGGGAUGGUGCAGAGCGACAGCUCUCUUUCAGACUUUUCUUUUGUGUGGCAUUUCUAUAAAACACUGCAAUUUCAUUUAUAUGCAACUGCUUCGUUUUUGUGUGUGUUUAAUUUAGGGAAAAUCGCAGCCAAUUUCAUCCCACACCAGAAGCAAAUCUAAUAACAAUAAUCUGUCAUUAUCGGUACAAUAAUUUCUCAAGUUAAGCAGAGGUAACACUAGAAGCCAUCCAUUUGUAUUAUUUAGCAUAUUUGUGGACAUUUUAGGGGUUUAUUAAUGAAAAUGUCCUAAACUAUAUCAUGGAAACACAUUUAUAUAAUUGCAUCAUUUUACUCAGAUGCCAUUCAUUUUGUAUUUAUACUCCAGCAUACAAGAAAGAACCUAAAAUUACUUAAAACUGGGUUAAUAAUAAGUAUGGUUUGUGAUAAAUAGAUGUAUAGAAUAUGAAGAUUUCUGAUGCCAAGUAGCCUAGGACAUUAAUGUGGAGCAAAAUGAGCAUUUAGAGUUCUAGUAUAAACUUUCCAAACUUCAAUAAAAGUACAGACCACAGGCAGUGAUUGUGCAUCUUAAAUAUGACAGCCUGGAGUUUUAUUUAUUUAUUCAAUAUUUUUUAAUACCCUAAUAAUAAAUUUAUAUGACUCACACUGGUAUGGUGGAAGAAUAUAGUUGGUCAUCUUUUUGAUAAAUAAAGCAUUUAUUUUUACGGUGGAGAUGGCCUGUUUGCCCAAUAUAAAAACGAAAUGGUGUUUUUCUUUAAUCCUACAUGCCUGUUAAUUAUAACCUAGUUACUUAUAGGUUAAAUAAAGCGGGGGUCACUGUGUCAAUAAGGCCACCGCUGACCGAGGAAUGCGCUUCGUCAUCAGCAACUUUCCCCUGGGGAUAACGAGAAGGAGGAGGUCGCGGAGGAAAGUGGAGGAGGGGAGUUCUCAGCUGGGACUUUCCUCUGCCCUCCAGGAAAACCGAAAAAAAGGGUAAAAAAAAAAAAAAAAAGUUAAAUCACAGGGCACAGCGCCGGAGAUGUUCGCCGGAGCCGUCGCGGAAGUGGAGGUAUGCGGACCUGUGCGCCGUGGAGGGGCCGCUGCGGUGUCUCCCUCCGCUCGGGAGUACUACUCCUCUUAAUCCCACCGUUUCUCCUCGCGCUCCAGCUCCUUGUCGUCGGGUCACUUUUACCUGGAGUCGCGCGGGUGUGGAUGGGGUUAGAGGAGCGGGACGGAGGGGUCGCCUUUUCCGUUAUCAGCAUUGAACCGAAGCGGAGCUCACGGCAUCGGGGGACGCCCGGUGUGGCUGAGGAGGAGGCAGAGGUGGACGACGGGCAGAGGAGGGGGGAGGGGGCACGAGCGUACGAGGACGAGAACGAGAUGCACUCGCGCCAGGUGGGACCCAGAGCAUUGGAAGUGCAGCUGUGGGCAGCAGGCGAGCCAUCCUUCACAGCAGAGCUCAAUCGAAUCAUCUCAUAUAUCACAAGGCCACAGAUGAACUGCUCCAAGGUUUUAUCUCCAGGGCGGGCUCAGCCAGCACAGAGCCCUGCAGCGCCAGCCCAUUGGCUGCUGUGUGCUGAGGACUGGCUCCUUCCAGCUACACACAAAAUGUGUGUCGCAUAUUCCUUCAGCAUGGAUGGGGGAGAUGCAGACUUUCUGAAGACUGUGUCGGGGCUGGGAUGUGAAAUACACUGUUUUGAUCCCAGCAACUCUAAUGCAUCUGGUGGUCACCUUGGCAACAGUUUGGCUAGUAACCAUGGCAAUGGAGGCGUGGUCAGCCAGCACAAGAUGUGGCUUGAGUGGCGAGCUCCAAAGAAGCGCGCGCACAAGAGGAGAGGAAACCCGGGUGGUGUUUCUCAGACACUGGCAGACAUCAUGGCAGCUCUGGGACAUCACACAGUUCACUUCCUGUAUGCUGACCUGCUAAGCGGCGAGUGGCGCGUUUUUCAGAAUUGGAUCGAGGCAGGAACUCUACAGAAUGUCCACCAUCUUGUUGCUAAGGUGCACCUGCAGUGGGCAGGGUUUGAGGUGGGCGGAAGGGAUGAGGAAGUGCUCCGCUAUUGGUUCAGUGUCCUUCAAGGUCUUCAAGCUUGUGGACUCAAGCUGGUUCACAGCUCUGCAGGAGAGGGUCACAGUGUCCUUAAACAGACAGUAGCAAAUGCUCACAGCUCCUACACACUCAGCUGGGUAAACACACGACACUGAGACUCACACACUGCUGGAUGAAGCUGCGCACACAUUAUCCAAAGAGGGGGAAGCAGCUAGUGAAGUUUCCUGUUUUUCCAGGGAUUUCAGGCAUACACAGUUCUUCACAUGACAACUCCCUCUAGUGGACAUGAAGAAAUCUGCAGCUAAAGGGUAUAGCCAACUCUGAAAGAGAAACUGUAUUUAUGUUUAAAACAGCAUUUUAUUGUAUCCAAAUACUGAGAAGAAGAAGGGCUUGUUGUUUUAACCAAGUUAGAGGCCAAAUAAUAACAACUAUUUUCAACUCAUAUAGACUGUACUGUGUCACAAAGGACGUAUGUAUGUUCCAACUAUUUCUGAAUGCAAAACAACUGUCUGACAGGCUAUUCUUUGUUUUACAGUUGUACCAUAAAGCUGUGUUUUGUUUUGUUUUUACCAAUGAAUCCCAAAAUGCAACCCUUUGACCCGAGUCUGAUCCAACAGGUUAACUUCUUUGAGUACAUCACUGUAAGCCUUAAUUACUUAUACGUGCAAUAAAAAUUUACAUCGAAGAAGAGCUUUUAUCGUAAACUGGGUGUGUAUACUGUGAUGAUGUAUUAGAGGAAAACAAUCAAGUUGCAGUUUAAAACCUGUUAGUGACUGGUUGUAAUGCAAUGGGUCAGGUGAGUCAGAGUACCUAUAAUUUGUGUCCUGUGGAAGAUAAACACCUUGAGGCAACUGUUGUUUCAAUGUUGCACAAUAUAAAUAAAACUGAAUUGAAUUAAAAAGAAUUAUCUCACAAUUUGUUUUAUAUAUUCACCCAUAUUUUCCUAUAUUUAUUAUAGCUUUAUCCAUUCCAAAAACCGUUAUGUGUUUGAUAUGAUUUUUCCUGUUGAGACAUCCAAUAUUGUCCACGUUUCAACCGUUUAGCUGUUGAUUUGAGGUGAAGUUGAAGAAUUUGAUGGUACCACUGGCAACAAACAGCCCGAAGCAUGACGCUGCCACCAUCAUCCGUAACCGCUGGUACAAGUACAGUGUUGUUUGGUUUGAGAGCCUCAACUUUACUCUUUACAACUUUACCAAAUAGUUUAAACUUCAUCUUGUCCAUUGACCAUCUUAACCAUCAAACCUUUCUUUUGAAGGUAUUUGGUUUGUCCAUGUGGGCAGUUGGAAAUUUAAGUUGAGCUUGAAGAUUUUGGAGCAGGGGCUUCUUUCUUGGUAAGCACCUUCUCAGUCCAUGGUGAUGCUUCACUGUGGACAGUGACACUGGUGUUUCUGCAGUUUCCAGAUCACAGUAGGCUUGAGCCUCGGUGGUUUCUGGAUUAUUCCUGAACAUCUUAACCAGUGUCCUGUCACUGAGGGUGACAGUUCGGGGCUUCUUCCAGGCCUUGGCAAAGUGGUGACACAUCUCAAUAACUUGUACUCACAUAUAAUUGUUUGUACUGAUGAUCUUGGAAUCUGUGGUUGUUUACAAAUGACAAGGUUUAAUGUCUUUAUGAGUGUAUUCUAAGGUUGUGUUUAAUAAUUUGAGAGAAGCACACAUCAACCUACGUGCGGUAUUUACAUGGACUUGAUAGUGGGAAACAGCACAAAAAAGUAAAAAGAAAAAAAAAGUCUACAAGCGUGCAACAAUUAAAUUACUUUGAUAGUCUAUUUCCUCCAACCACAUUGUAUGGACACUUGAUCUAUGAAGGAAAACAAAAGAAGCUGGGUGUAACAGUGUUAACUUUAUAUGCCAAAACAAAUGUGAGCACUAUACCGCAAGAUGAAGCCCAUCG